CUGCCGGAGGGGAGUGGCCUGGCCGCCUGGCAGAGGUUCCCGGAAGGGCGCCGGCGUCUGCGGGGCUGCGGCACCGGGCCAUGGCCAGGGCGCGGAGCGUGGCGGGCUGGCUGGGCGGCUUCUUGCUGGUGCCAGCUCUAGCAAUGAUCCCGCCUCCUACAAAUGUCAGGAUGAAUUCAGUUAAUUUCAAAAACAUUCUACAGUGGGAGUCACCUGCUUUCCCCAAAGAAAAUCUGACUUUCACAGCUCAGUAUGAAAGCUACCGGCAUUUCCAAGAUCGCUGCAAGAAUACUGCCUCUACGCAGUGCGACUUCUCAAUUCUUUCUAAGUAUGGCGAGCAUACCUUGAGGGUCAGGGCCGAGCUCGCAGAUGAACACUCGGACUGGGUAAACGUCACUUUCUGCCCGGUGGAUGACACCAUCAUUGGACCUCCUGAGAUGCAGAUAGACUCUCUCGCGGACUCUUUGCACAUGCGCUUCUCAGCCCCACAAACCGAGAACGAGCCUGAGACGUGGUCCAUGAAGAACAUUUAUAACUCAUGGGCUUACAGGGUGCGGUACUGGAAGAAUGGCACUGACGCACAGUUUCAAGUCAUUUCUCCAUAUGACUUCGUGGUCCUCAGAGACCUGGAGCCGUGGACAACUUACUGCAUUCAAGUUCAAGGCUUUCUUCUUGAUCAGAACAGAACUGGAGAAUGGAGCAAACCUCUCUGUGAGCGGACGACCAAAGAUGGUGAGUAG